CUACCAAAACAAUAACAGAGACCGGCUUCAGAAACGCAGAUUGCUAAUGCCUGCCUUGCUCAAUUUCCACAUCAAUUAUUUGUGCAAAGAGACAAAGAGAGUUUUUACGGUAAUAUUGUUGUUGCUCCCCACGGCAGCCAAACAAACUCAUAUCGCAAAGAGUGGUUUAAAGCUUUUUGACAUAAAAGAAAUCAUGGGCUCACUCAGUCUAAAUAUAAGCAUGCAAACGGACAGUUGAACAUAGUAUUUUUUGCUAUUUUUUAAAAUAAUAACAAACAAAAAAAGAAAAUCUACAAAAUAGGUAUAUACAGGCAGUUGUUUUAUUGUGUGAUAAAGCCAAGUGACCAUUCGUUCAUUUAACGAAACCAAAAACUAAAAACAAUAUAUGCUGAAAAAUAGAUGUGCAAUUUGAAGCGAAAACGAAAUAUUUAUUCAACACCGGUCUCAAGUAUGAAAAAGGGAAUCGCCGAUUACUAAAUUGGGAACUCUUUGUCUGUGUAACAAGUCCUAUUGGAAAGAAAAAGACUUAUUCCACACCCAUGGAUGAUUUUCGCAAAAGUCAAUAUAAACGCGCACAAUUGUUUAUAAACAUUUAACAAAAGAAAAAUAAAAAAAAACAUAAAAAACAAGAAGAGUAUCUGGUGAAUUUGGCAGCUUAUAAAGAAAUUGUUCUGCAGCCCAUUUGUAAGUGGAUCAGCUCAUCUAUUUCUGUAGACACCAUGAUAUUAAGAAGUUUGGUGGUGUUUGUCCUUGUUUGCAUACACUUUGGCAACGCUGGAAAUGUAAAGCGAACAGAAAUGACGAUAUCUGAAUGUGCUGCCAAACUUGGUGAAUGCGAUGAGAGUAAAGGACGUCCUGUUUGUGGCACCGAUGAUCAAACAUAUCCCACCAGAUGCCAUUUGCUGCGGGUGCAAUGCAGUGGCCAUCAAGUAAGCCUUAAAUAUAGAGGCGCUUGUAAAGCUUGCAAUGAGGCUCGGGAAUAUGCUUUAAAACAUCGCUCCAGAAAUCCCCCAAAAUUUAUACCACGUUGCAAAUUGGAUGGCACCUAUGCUCUCAUACAAUGUCUGACAGACAGUGGAUGUUGGUGUAGUGAUAUCACUGGCACUCCCAUUGAGAACACCUCAGUGCGUACGGGUAAGCCCAAGUGUCGUGAGUUUAGUCGGCGUUCACCUUCACGCAAUUCGGGUAGUACCAAGAAACGUCCCUGCACCCAAGAGGAUAGAGCCAUGUUCAAUAGUAAUCUCAUCAAUGUAUUCCAAAGUGAGUACGUACGCAGUACCAAGGCCCAAUAUCAACGUGGCGAUGUUAGUAAUAGAAAAUUGCCCUUGGAAAUUCUAACACCACCCAAUGAUGCUGAUGUAAUGAAUUGGAAAUUUUCGCUUUUGGACGUAAAUCACAAUCAGAUGUUGGACAAGAGUGAAUAUCGAGAAUUGAAGAAGCUGGUGAAAAGGGCUGUCAAACCCAAACGUUGUGGUCGAGCUUUUGGAAAAUUCUGUGAUGUUGAUAAUGAUGAGCGCCUUUCUCGAACGGAAUGGAAUAGUUGUCUAUCAAAGGAUGGAGUGAACCAUUCGUAUGAGGAAAACGAAAGUAAUGCUGCUGACGAUGAUGAUAAUGGCAGCAGCCAACAUUCGGACUCUGAUGAGGGCGAUUUCGAAGAGAUCGAUGAUACAUUUGGUUCAUCCACCAAUCUUCCAUCUAUAUAUAGGAAUCUUUUUAAAGUUCUAAACACCCACUCGGAGCUGUCGCCGAAAGAAUCUGAUAUCGAAUCAGAUUGCCUGGCCGAUCGAGCAACCGCUUUGGAGGAGCUAAAGAAAUUUCGUCUUCAUUUCUCCUCUAAACAGCGUGGCAAUAGUUUAUUCUAUGUUCCGGAUUGCACUCCAGAUGGUCGUUAUCAAAGAGUUCAAUGCUAUAAUUCAACUCCCUAUUGUUGGUGUGUCAACGAGGAUACUGGCAAAGAUAUUCCCGACACUCUGGUAAAGGACAGGCGACCACAGUGUGAUUCCUCUCUGUAUACAGAGACCCGGCAAAUGAAAGGUUGUCCGGAUGAGAGAAAAGCUGUUUUUCUUAAAGAUCUCAAAGAGUUUUUAAAAACAAAAAUUAUUGCCAGCUCUCAUGUGAGUUCACCUAGUGUCAAUACAACAAUAUGGAAUUCGGAAGAUGAACGCAUAGCCACUUUAAGUUUUGUUAUAUUGGACAAAAAUAAAAAUAAAGCUUGGGAAAGAAAAGAAUGGAAAACAUUCCGAGAACUAGUAAACAAUGUGAAUCCAUUGCGUAAAUGUGGUCGCAAAAUGCCACGAUAUUGUGAUGUUAAUAGUGAUAAGCAAAUAACCCUAACAGAAUGGCUUAGUUGCCUUCAAGCCCAGAAGAUCAAUGGCAGCAAUAACACCUCGAAUACCCUAAAUGAUGCAAAGCAACAAAAUUUCCCAACAGCAAAUAAUCCAAGUUCUUCCAAGCCCCCUAAGUUAAGUGGAUCAAAUCCUUUGGAACAGUAUCUCAAAGAUUAACCGUUCAACAAUUAGACUUAGACAUUGAUUUGAAACAAAACGAAAGCUACUGUCUCAAUUCGCUGAGUAUUUUUGGAUUUAUAAACCAAAAAUGUCCUAUCAUUCCAAUCGCAUAUCAAACCUAAAGGAAGUCACCAGCGAUAAUGGUUGAAUAUUUUUGUGAUUAUUUUGUGAAUAUAUUGUGGUUUGAUUUAUUAUUAUUAUUUUUCUCUACAUAUUUCAAAGUGCCAUGCUGCAAUUCCUUAAGGAUCAUUAUUGCAAUGCUGUAUGUUUUCAAUAUUUUUGUUAAAGCAUUUUUUUUCGGAGAUUUGUUUUUCAACAUCCCCUUGAAAACAAUGAAAAAUUAUGACAUUUUUUCUCAGUUUUUUUUUUUUGUAUUUCUAUUUUGUUGGUUUCUUGUAAAUAGUUAGAAAUGCUAUGUUAGCUUAUAAGGAAUUUAUUUAUAAAUUAUUUUUAUAGUUUUCUUUUUUGUUUAGUUAUGACAUAUAAG